AUGGCAGCUAGACAAAACGUUUCACGGGAGAAAAGCACUUCCGAGGUCACACCUAUCUCCAUCUUCAGCCACGGACGGCUCUCGUUCGAGUCGCAAGUCAGUACCGACUUGUCAAUACUCGAUUUCCCCUACCGCGACGACCCACUUCCUCUCGACUCAGAAGCUAGCACCGAUGGCGCACACAAGCUCGACAAAAGCAGCACUCCUCCAGGCUCUGUGCUUACCGAUGAAGUGCCACAAGAAACGCAUUUGCGAGCCCUCCAAGGCUGGCCAACGUCACCGCGGUCGAUCGAAAUCUCUACCAGUUUACUGAUCUGGUACAUUGUUGUCGACAUAUCACUACUGGCGAUCUCAUUUACUUUCUUCGUUUUCGCCAUCUUGGUCCUCUCAUUCGAUCAGAAGCCAACAAGCUCUCAUCAACGAGCAGCUCGGAGAUUCGAGCAGGCUUCGAAUUGGGUGAGUCAAAAACUUCCAGAUCUCGCCAUCAAGCUACUUACUGGAUUCAGGGCCCGACGAUCUAUCCCAUACUCUUUGCUUCGGUUGUUGGGCGAGCCACCCAUGCUAUUCUGCUUUGGAGAUUUGAGAAAGGCGAACUUCCACCUACGGACGGUCAGCUACGUAGGCCUGGGCUUGGUCGCUAUCUGGAUGCUAUCUCCUGUGGGUGGUCAAUCGUCUUUUAGACAGAUAACUUUCGGUCCGAAACAGCACUCCGAAAGCACAACUUACACUUAUGUCGUACCCGGACCUGGUAUGUGGGCGCCUGACCAGUUUACGACCGAGUCGAUUCUGAACAGCUUCUACGUAGCCGCCCUUCUUAGCCCAGCUACCAAAGAAGCCUCUCCGCGUGAUGCAUGGGGCCAUGCCAAGAUACCCAGAAUCGAACACUAUGAGAGCACGUCCAGUCCCGACAAAGAAGGCUGGUACUCGACCGACAACGGCACGGGCGACUCUUAUAGUUCAUUCAUUGGCGUGCCGAUGAGUGGAAUAGACUCGCCAGAUUACGCCGACUACGCAGCUAAGAUUGAGGCCAUGUAUUUCCGUCCCAUAUGUUCCAGUGCUUCAUUCCCGGACGACGGAUUUGAUCACUCAAGUUGGAUCGGAAACCUACACUGGACCGAGAACACCGUGGAGCGAUCCAGACGUUCAGCUGAGGAUUUAACGCCUUUCAGUUCCGUCUGGAAAACAAGAGCGGAGCCUCAAUCGAAUUAUAAGCCAUUCCUUUGUACUCUGGAAACAGCGUACGUUGAAGUCGAGGUCUUGUGUGCCACACACACCACUUGUUCGGCAUCGCAUGUUCGCCGCUCUCUCCUCGAGCAUCCGUCCGUGGCUUACACCCAACUAGGACUGAUCUAUCGGGAAAAUGAAACCAUGUGGGAGAAAGCAAUCGAGUCGUCAUCGGGGCUACUGUCCGAAGGUUACGUCCAGGACCCAAGAGACCCGCGAAACCAAUUACGGACAACGCUGGACGAUCUGCCUACUGAAACAGUUGGAGUACGAAUCGGGCAAAUGCUCAAUGCAUACUGGGCAACCAUGAAUGGCAAAAGCGUUUUCACUGGCGCGUUCAACGAGCACACGACCUGGUUGGACCAAUCCAUCGCUUGGAAGUACCAGGACGGCAGCCAACUGAUAAGCUCCACUGGGCCAAACAUCUACACUUGUCCCAUUGGAAGAACUUCAAAUUGUACCUUGCAGUCCCCCGGGGCGGGCCAAAUAUCUACGUGGAACUAUGAUCACUAUAGUCAAGCAAGAACAUGGGCAACGACAGGCACAAAACGCAGCAACGUCGAGGUCUUUCACGCUCACUACCAAUGGGUCGUGGCGCUCAUCAUCUCUUCGACUAUUCUCAUCAUGGCGAGCGUGGUUCCUCUUUACGUCCGCACGAGGCUUUCGUGUGGCCCGGAUAUACUCAUGAACUUCUCCAGCCUGGCGACUAGGGAUAAUCCUUACGUGGCUUUACCCGCUACGGGGACGCAUCUCGAUGCAGCGGAUCGAUCGCGGUUCAUGCGACACGUGCGCAUCCGUUUUGGGGAUGUGGAGGGAGAGAAUGCGAUCGGGAGGUUGGGGAUUGGGCGGUUGAAUGGCGAUGUUGCGCCGCUGAGGAAGGGGAGGCAGUACGCGUAG